AUGUUUUUGCAACUGAUCAGAGACAUUCAUACUGUGCUGGAUACUACAGAUUCUGAUGCAGUGCAAGCAGUGGUUUUGAAUCUGCAGAUCAAGUCAGUAUGUCAAUCUGGCAAGUUGAUGAAGAGAAUGAAAGAUCACAGUGCACAUUGUUUGAAGAUUAAUUUUAAGACUCAAUUCAAUGUUCAGAACUCUGAUGUGCCACAGUCAUCUGAUAAGAAUUGUGCAGAUGUUAUCAUGACAAGCACUGAACAUUUCAUGAAGACUGAUAAACUCAAUGAGCUGCUCAAUCUGAAGUUGAAGAAAUUGCUGCAAUCUCAGAGAACAUCAACAUUUGAGAUUCAGAAGCUUUUUCAGAAGUCUAUCUAUACUUUAAAAUAUACACAUCAGCUUCAUCAGGCAGUUGAGCAAGCUUAUGAAAAGUAUACUGAUGCAAAACAUAUUAAAAAGUCUGCUAGUGAGGAUAUCUGCAGUCUUGCUUCUCUAAUAUCAGAGCAGUUGUGUGUUAGUGUAGAGAGUAAUUCUGAGUUCUUACUCAAUAUGAAGCUGUCUGAAGUCUUUCAAAAUCUAUUCUUCCAUGUAGCCACUGUCAACACAUAUAUUGUGAAGGUUUUGGAGACUGGUGGGGUGGGUGUUGGUGAAGAGAACAAUAAAGAUUUGAAUGAAGUUGAUUCAUGUAGAGAAGAUGCUGUUGAGAUUGAUUAUUCAAUUAAUUAUCUUCUGUGA